UCCCGCGGCCUCCGCGGGCACUGGGGAGGCGGCGGGGGGCGGGGCUGGGGCCCCGACGCGUCCGCAUGGCCGCCGCUCCGGAGCCCGGCGAGCCCGGGAAGGGGAAGCCAUUUAAGCUCCUAGGAAUUUUAGAUGUUGAAAACAUUCCUUGUGCACGGGAUUCAGUAUUAUAUGGUUCAUUAGGAUCUGUCGUGGCUGGCCUUGGACAUUUUUUGUUAACUAGUAGAGUUAGAAGAUCAUGUGAUGUUGGAGUAGGAGGAUUUAUCUUGGUGACUUUAGGAUGCUGGUUCCAUUGUAGGUAUAAUUAUGCAAAGCAAAGAAUCCAGGAAAGAAUUGCCAGAGAAGGAAUUAAAAAUAAGAUAUUAUAUGAAAGCACCCACCUUGAUCCUGAAAGAAAACAAACCAACAGCGACAGCAGCAAUUAAGCAAUCCUGAUGUCAAUGUGAAAAAGCUGAUAUUAAUCAUAUAAAACAUUUUAUGUUGAAUAAGCUCACAAUCAAGUAAAUAAAGUAUGUGUAAGUUGUAGUC